ACUUGGGACCCAGGCACCCUUGUUACGUACAACAGACCUUGCCCUGUGAUUCUUUUUGGGAAAAAUCGUGUCGUGUGCCGCGGUGCCGAUUUGAGCAAAGGCUUUCGAUGACCGUUACUAAAGGAGACGAUGACAAGAACGAGAUAUGAGUCCGUUUAAUCAUGUUUUCAUGUCAUCUGUUGUGUAAGGUUAGGAAUGUAAACAUAAAUAAAAACCUAUUAUAUAGAUAUCAAAGAAGAUAAUUAUAAUGUCUAAAUUUUUCUUUAAAUUAAAAUCUUUAAGCGAAAAGAUGUUAAAUGACGAGACUCAAGCUAUGGAUGAGAUCGCUGCCAUUGAUUAUGAGUUACAACAGGUAGAGAGCGAGCUACAGAAAUUGCAAGAUCGUAAAAAGUUAUUAAUGCAACGUAGAGACAAGUUGCGUGACAAUGCUCUUUUAAAGGAGAGUUUGUCUCUAUCAAAAAGAAAUUGGAACACGGAAGACUUUGCUUGGUCUGCAAAGCUCACGAAAACAUUAAAGGAUGUAUUCAAAAUUGAAAAGCUGCGCGAGUUGCAGCUACCGACCAUGAAUGCAAUUAUGUCCAAGAAAGAUGUUCUCCUGAUUAUGCCUACAGGUGGUGGUAAGAGUUUAUGUUAUCAAUUGCCUGCUGUGAUCAGUAAAGGUAUAACAGUGGUAGUUUCACCAUUGGUGUCCCUGAUGGAAGAUCAAUUGCAUGGAUUGGAGAAACUUAAUAUAAAAGCUAACAUGCUGUGUUCAAAGAUUGACAAGGAGAGCAUGAAAAUGACUAUGACAGCCAUCAUGGAUAAGAACUCUCCUCUCAAACUGAUUUAUGUAACGCCAGAAUACAUGGCGAAGUCCAAUCGCUUUAUGAAUAAAUUGCAAAAAACAUACGAGUUGGGCAAUCUGGAACAGUUUGCGAUCGACGAAGUACACUGUUGCAGUCAGUGGGGCCAUGAUUUCAGACCUGAUUAUAAGUUUUUAGGUGUACUGAAAUCCAUGUUUCCUGGAAUACCUAUUCUAGGGCUCACUGCAACAGCUCCGACGAAAAUCAUCAUAGACGUACAAAAGAUCCUGGACAUUAGUGGUUGUUUGGUAUUACGAGCUCCAUUCAACAGGCCAAAUUUAUAUUACGAGGUUCGUCGCAAACCAGCAGACAAGGAAACUUGCCUCGCAAUGAUAGAAAAUCUCUUGAAGAAUCGAUUUAGUGGUAAGUCGGGUAUCAUUUACACAACUACGAUUAAAGACGCAGAACAAUUGACGAGCUAUUUAAGAGGCAAAAAUAUCAAGGUCGGAUGCUAUCACGCGAUGCUUGAACCAGACUACCGCUCGGAGGUCUAUUCGAAAUGGAUGUCAGGCAAAUAUCAAGCAGUGGUUGCGACUAUUGCUUUCGGAUUAGGCAUCGACAAGCCCGACGUGCGAUUCGUCAUUCAUCAUUGUCUUUCAAAGUCGAUGGAGAAUUUUUAUCAGGAAAGUGGUCGAGCUGGUAGAGAUGGCAAAAAAUCAGUGUGCCUGCUACUCUACAGACUAGCAGAUACUUUUAAAUUGAGUACCAUGGUAUUUCAGGAUAAAGUCGGACUGCAGAACUUAUACAAGGUGUUGGAGUAUUGUUUAGAUCAAACGUCUUGUAGACGAAGUUUAAUAGCCACUCACUUUGAAGAGAAUUGGGAAGAAAGUGACUGUGCUAAGAUGUGUGAUCAUUGCAGGAAGCCCAGCGCUGGCAAGCAGGUCGACGUGGCACAGUAUUGCAGACAAUUAUAUCAAAUUAUGACUAAAGCUGUACAAAACGAAACACGAUUGACUGCACUGAAACUCAUAGAUGCUUGGUAUGGUAAAGGUCCCUUGUUGCUACGAGUACCUAACAUACCUGUGCCCAAUUUUACGAAAGAAACUGCAGAGGUUAUCAUAGGGCAUUUACUAAUAAACGGUUAUCUGCAAGAGGAUUUUCAUUUUUCAGCAUAUUCUACAAUAUCGUAUCUUAAACGUGGACCCAAGUCAGGAUUAGCUCUUAACGACGAUCACAAGAUACUCUUUAACUAUGAAUUUUCAUGAUUUGUUGUUGUAAUCGAUAAUAUGGCACGAUUCAUCGAGUUUUUCAGCGAUACAUUUUUUACGAUAUAAUAUGUGUAUUUCAUAUAUAUUAUAUCUUGAAUAUUGACAUUUGUGUAAAUAUAUCAUAUAUUUAUAUCACUAGAAAGUAUGAGAGCUACUUGAUUAUAAGUACACUAGACAGAUAAAACACAUGUAAUUACAAAUUUUCUGGAUUAAUCGUGAAAUGUU